GCGAAAUUCAAUGGAUGAAGAAGUCAAUGUCCACUAGUCCUAGUUCAUCGACCAACAACCUUUCACUUCCCAUUCAAACACCGUUUAGCAACUCAAUUCAACCUUUUCGAUCCCCUUGACUCAGCCCGAUUCAACCCACUCUCCCCUCCUUUCCUUUCACAACAUGCCCACAACAUGCUGGUCCUCCUCUGCGUGGACCCCACACCCAUCUCCUCCCAGCCUUAAAACUCAUCGUGGGGUCCAGCGUCGGCGUUGACCACAUCGACCUCCCCGAGUGUCGCCGACGUGGCAUUACUGUUACUGAUGCUGGCAUUGCCUUCUCUGAGGAUGUCGCUGACUUUGUCUUUGGCCUCUUGAUCGAUGUUUUACGAAAAAAUUCUGCCGGUGACCGCUUCCUUCGGGCCUCCUCCUGGGCUAAAACAUGUGAUUACGCGCUGGGCUCUAAGGCAUGAUUUAUUGGUUAUGAAUUUAGGGUUUCAGUUAGGAGGAAAGCGAGUUGGGAUGGGAAAGAUUGGCUCUGAAGUUGUAAAAAGACUUCAGGCCUUUGGCUCCAUCAUUUCUUUUAACUCCAGAACGAAGAAAUCAGCUAUCCUAUUCCCUUAUUACGCAGAUGUCUAUGAGCUUGCAGUGAAUACUGCUGUGCUUGUUGUUUGUUGUGCACUUACAGAAGAAACUUACCACAUAAUUAACGAGGAUGUAAUGACUGUUUUGGGAAAGGAAGGAGUGAUAAUUAACGUUGGAUGUGGGGCGCUCAUUGAUGAAAAGGAAAUGGUGAAGCAUUUGGUACGUGGUGAGAUUGGUGAUGCUGGUCUUGAUGUGUUUUAAAAUUAACCUCAUGUGCCAAAAGAGCUAUUUCAAUUGGAUAAUGUUGUGUUGUCUGCCCAUUGUGCAUUGCUACUCCAUAAUGCUUUGAUGCAUUGGAGGUGCUGAUUAUGUUUAACUUGAAGGCUUCCUCGUGGUCAGUGGUCCAUCUUGAGUGAAGGGACUAUUCAUUUAGUUUAGUAAUGGCUUUUGAAAGUCAUUAAACAGAAAACCAACAUUGGUUCACAGCAGGUAGUGUGAUUCAUCAGUUGAAAAUUUGAUAUAUUGAAUUAUUCAACGCCUGAACCUUGUAAAAUAUGGGUAGGAAACAGCGGCAUAUAGGUAUGUAAAAUAUUGGAAAUGUGGUUCAAGCAUUCUUCAUCGUAUUUUUGAGGUGCCUAUGCUACUUCCAGAAAGCAGAGGUAUUGUUUGUUAAAUUAGAACUGUAAUAGUGGGUUGAGAUUUAUCCUAACCUAAAUUUUAUAAUGAUGUUAGUGAAAUUGGAUCAGUUUCUCAUUGUAACCUUGUUGUGCUUGUCUUGUACUGGGUAGGAUAUAUGCAGACCUCUGUAGCUCUAUUAUCACUAAUAUAUAUUUCUUUUGGCACCAAGCGAACAAAGAAAUAAAGCUUUCAAUUAUGUUAAGUGCCCACAAAUAUCCAAAGAAGUUGAA